AAAAGUUAAGUCUAGAGAGAAACGAAUAGAAAGAAAUACCCGAUAAAUAUACCAGACGAUAAGAAGAAGUAUAUUAUCAUUUUAGAAAGUUACGGUAGCCUAAAUUCAAAGUUAAAGUAACCUGCAGAUGGAUACCCCGAGCUUACGAAGGCAACCAACUUUACCAAUGGAUCCACCAAAUGAGAAUCCGCCUAGAAAAAUCCUGAAAGCUAAACGCCGUUUCACUAGUCGGCCUAGUGAAACAGUUUCUUUAGUUUCAUCAACAUCAAGUACGUCGUCUCUGAUAAAACCUUCAUUAUCAAAGAAAGUUACCUCUAUCACAUCUAUGUCAAGUAAAAGAAGUGUAACAUCAUCUGAUCUAUCUAAAGUUCCAUCGCUUACAAAGAAAGCUUCUAUCACAAAAGAAAUUAGCGAUAUCGCAACAACGGCAAUUGCACUGGAUUCUGGGUCACAUAUUGGGAAAACCGGAGUGAUAACUGAAGACGACAUCGGUGAAGGCGUGGAAAUAACGGAAGUAGAUCACACGUCCCCUUUUUCUGAGACUGGAGACGCAGUAGUCUCAUCUUUAAGAAAAAGUUUGUCAGGAAGCAGCACAUUGUCAAAGAAGUUAUCACGAAAGAAAAGUUCCAGAGCUGCGUUAGCUUCACCGCUGCCACCAUUACCCCCUGGAGGACUUGUUGAGAUUGCUUUUUCAUUUGAUACAACGGGAUCAAUGAGUGCAGCUUUAAAUGAAGUCAAAGGAAGAAUCAAGGAUAUUGUACAAAAACUCCAGUCAGAUGUACCUGGAAUACGAAUAGCAAUUUUUGCUCAUGGCGAUUACUGCGACAAAGAUAAUUACAUUAUUAAGUGGAUUGAUUUUGGAGCAACACUUCCAGAACUUCAUGACUUCGUAAAUAAUUGUGGAGAUACAGGUGGAGGUGAUGGUCCUGAAUGUUACGAACUUGUUUUAAGGCGUGCAACAGAAGUUUUGUCAUGGACUCCAGGUAGCAAACGUUCUCUUGUCAUCAUAGGAGAUGACCUUCCACACGAACCAGGGUACAAAUAUGGCGACUUUACAAAUGAUAUUGACUGGCGUAAUGAAUGCACCAAGUUGAAAGAUAUGGGAGUCAAGGUCUAUGGCGUUGCUGUAAAAUCAAGGGCUUAUGCACAGAAGUUUUACCAAGAACUGGCAACAAGAACGGAUGGACUAAUGAUAACAUUGGAAAACUUUAACCUGAUAUUUGAUUUAAUGAUGUCAAUUUGUUAUCGGGAAGGCAGCGAUGAACUAUUAAGUGCUUAUCAGGAUGAACUGAAAGAGAAAUAUGGAAUUUCGAAAUUGAGUAAAAAUUUGUCAGGAAUGUUUGGUGGCCUCUCAUCAGCUGCUGGUACAACCAGGACAGGCUUAUUUGGUACAAGUGGUGGUGGCUUGCUUGGAACACCAACUGCUGGGGGGUUUGGGGCACCAGUUGGUGGGAGAUUUGGACCAUCAAUUGGUGGAAGGUUUGGAUCACCAAUUAUUGGGGGGUUUGCACCACCAAUUGGUGGAGGGUUUGUACCACCAAUUGGUGGGGGUUUUGGAACACCAAUGGUUGGGGGUUUUGGAACACCAAUGGGUGGGGGUUUUGGAACACCAAUUGGUACUGGUCCAUUUGGAACACCAACUGGUGGGCUACUUGGAAUGUUCGGAAGUCCAGGAGCAAUUCUUAAAAAGGGGAAAACAAACAAGAUGAAAACAACAAAAACAACAAAACUUGGAAAGAAGGCACUCAUAGGAAAAACACCAAAAACAGCAGCUAAAGGAUCAAGGAAAGAAAAUGGAAAACAGAAAAGAAAGGAUAACCAAAAUGACAUUCCAAGAGAAAAAAGAAAUGACCGCAAAUUUAAAACGACAAAACCACUCAAUCUACUUCAGUGGUCCUCUUGGAAACAGGCAAUGAGUAAUGCCAAGUUGUCUUCAAAAGAAGAAUGGGCAAAAUGGCUGAAUGGCUACGUCACUAAACAGAUAUUUGCACGUGACAUUGAAGAUGCUGCUGUCUACGAGUUUGCAGUACAACCUCCCAACAAGAAAAAGAAAUAUCCUGUCACGUUUUCGGUUGUCAGUGGAUUGCCAUCAUCUGGUAAAUGGUGUAAACAGUUGGUAGGUCGAAAGCACAUUCGAGAGAAACUUAAGCAAGCCAUUGCACAGAAUGCAAAAGUGUUUGUUAGACGUGGUAAAUUUAAAAAGAGAAAUAAGAAAUUUAUGGAAAAAGUUCGAAAACAUCUUGCAAAAAGCAAUUAUCCUUUUGGGUGUUCCAAGAAGAAUGCUCGAGUUUUCAAGAUUAAAGACUUUAUUAUAAGUUAAGUUCUAAGACAAGAAAUCGUGCACAAGAAGAAUUACCAUACAUACUUUAUACAUAAACAUAGGCAGCUGUUAUGAAAACACAGUGUCAUUGUAAAAUACACUGGGUAAUAUAUUUAUUUGAUCUUUUAUGCAAUGUUUUUAUAGGAAUAAUAACAAAUAAUUUUAUAUAUUAUUGGUGGUGCAUAUAUGUAUCAAAAUGUUUUAACGUUAUAUCUUGUUUGAUAAAUGCAGAUCAAGACAAGGUUUCUUAGCAUAAUAUGUACAUUAUAAAUGUGUAGUUACUGUAAUUAACAAGUUGUGUUAAAAUUUAUCAUAUCAAUACACACUAAUCUAUUGAAAGAAACUAUUUUGACUUCAGUUUUGUUUCAAUUCUGUAAUACAUAACUAAUAAACUUUGCCGUUUU